AACUUGAAAGCGGUCUCGUGAGGAAUGGAAGUAUUGUUACGCAAAGCAACCUUAUUUCCACUCGCAUUCCCAUAUCUUCGCUUCAAUCGUCUUGCCCUUUCAGAGCUCAUGUCUUGGACCUGCAAGAGAUGUACUUUCAUCAACUCCCCAUCUUCAAAACCCACUUGUCAAAUGUGCCUAUCACCUGCUUCUCCUCCUUCUUCUUCCUCUUCUUCACCAGCUUCUCGUCAAGACACCCCAAAAUGGUCUUGCAAAGCGUGCACUUUCUUGAACCCAUACAAGAACAUCACCUGUGAAAUCUGUGGCACUAGGGCUUCUCUUUCUUCCCAUUCGAGUUUAGAGGUUUUUAAUGAGGUUGAUCUCGAUGAGGACUUGGAUUCUUCUAUUGGUUCUGUCUUCUUGCCCUUGAGGACUUGCAAGAGGAAGAUUAGGGACUCAGUCGAUGCUGAUAUGGAUUGUACUGAAUCGGGAAGCUUUCGUGGAGUUAGGGCCUCCAAUAGGGCAGUUGAUGCGAAGGAUGGGGGUGCUAGGGAUUGUGUUAAAUUGGGUGGAUUUCAAGGGUUUGGGGCAUCAAACAAAUCGGUGACUGUUGCAAAGGAGGACACCAGUUCAUCUGCCACUUUGAGUUCAUUCAAGAUUUUGAGCUACAAUGUUUGGUUUCGAGAGGAACUGGAGUUGAAUAAGAGGAUGAAAGCUAUUGGUGACCUUAUUCAACUGCAUUCACCAGAUGUGAUAUGUUUUCAGGAGGUUACUCCAAAUAUAUAUGACAUAUUUAGGCAGUCCAGCUGGUGGAAAGCAUAUCGGUGCUCUGUUGCAAAUGAGGUGGCGUAUUUAAGACCAUACUUUUGCAUGCUGUUAAGCAAACUUCCAGUAAAAUCCUUCAGCUCAAGGCCUUUUAACAAUUCUGUAAUGGGGAGAGAGCUUUGCAUUGUUGAGCUUGAAGUUCAGCCUAACAAGCAUUUGGUGGUUGCCACAAGCCAUCUUGAAAGUCCCUGCCCUGCGCCUCCAACAUGGGAUCAGAUGUUCAGCAAAGAACGUGUAGAUCAGGCUAAGGAGGCCAUCAACCUUCUCAUGAAGAAUGCAAAUGUGAUCUUUGGUGGGGACAUGAACUGGGAUGACAAAUUAGAUGGUCAUUUUCCUUUACCUGAUGGAUGGAUUGAUGCAUGGGCUGAGUUAAGACCAGGGGAAAAUGGCUGGACAUAUGAUACCAAGUCCAAUCAAAUGUUGUCAGGGAACCGAACAUUGCAAAAGCGACUUGAUCGAUUUAUAUGCAAUCUGCAUGAUUUCAGAAUAAGUAGAAUUGACAUGAUUGGCAUGGAAGCAAUACCAGGUUUGUCACAUAUCAAGGAGAAGAAAGUGAGGAAAGAGGUCAAGAUGCUGGAGCUCCCUGUUUUUCCAAGUGAUCAUUAUGGCUUGCUUCUAACAAUUUCUGGCCAGUAGUGUUGACAAUGGUUCAAGCAGAUGGUUGGGAAAAGAUCAAACUCAAUUCCUUGCAUUUUGUACAGAACAAAUGAAAUGAUGUGAAGGCUUGAGAGCAUUUUGGGAAGCAUGUAGCUACCAGUUUUGUGUUACCCUCCUUGGAUGGAGAUGAUAUAACAUCUUUAGUUUCUUGAAUCAACUUUCUCUCUUGUCAUCCUUAACAUCAAUGUGCAGAAUAUCCAAAAUUUUUGUCAUUGCUCAGGGGUUCUGUUAAUCGAUAGUAGUUUCUACUUAAUGAAUUGAAGUGAAAUUGGCAGUUUGUUAGAUUGCCAAUUACUGAGAGGAAUUGUUGACUUAAUGACCAGCUGUGAUUCGUUUCCUUUAGGCAUUUCUUGUCUAAA